AUGUCGAGAUCUUUCGAUGUUGAGAGGGAAGAGAUUCCUGAGGUGUGGAAGGGGGAAUCGAGGGUAAAGCUGUUGGAGAGGAUGGAGAAGGUCGCGCUUGAGUAUGCGGAAUUACUGCUCAAAGCCCAAAAGCUCAAGGCAAUGGAUAGGCCGUCGAAUCGAGACUAUCGGAGCGUCUUACACUUCAUGGAGAAUGAUGGAGGUCAGCUUUUUGAAGAGGAUAUGGGAUUUAUAUAUGAGAAAGAAGAUCUAAUUACUUUGAGACCGGGCAGGGAGUAUGCUUGGCUCGAUGGACUGCUUGAGCGGACGUUGAAGGUGCUGCGGUGUAGGCUUAUCAAGUUUUUCUUCUGCCCUAAAGAGACAAGAGACAAGACCGACGACAAAGAUAUCCACUACUACGACCGCGAUAGAAUCUCGACUUGCGUGACGAUGAUGAUCACCACCAUAGUCUUGGCUCUCCUCGUGGUGCCGAUUUGGCUCCUCUACAGAUUCUCCAUUCAGGGAACAAUUGCCACAAGUCCGGAUACUAUCGGCGUAGUCCUUGUCUUUACCCUUGUGUUCUCUGCUGCCCUCACGUGCUUCACGAAGGCGAAACGGCAUGAGAUCGUGGCCGCAUCCGCAGGUUAUUGCGCCGUGUUGGUCGUAUUCUUGGGCAACGUGAACAACGUGGGUAGUGUGCCUCGCUAG